GUCAGUUUCGGUACGGCUUGGCGUUUGGCGGCGAGUUGCAUUUCUUUGCGUGUGUUCUUUGGCGUUCCCGGUUCUUGGAUUGCUGUUUUAGACUUCUGCUACUGGUGGGAGCGGCAGAAGUUGUGUGAAAAUGUUAGGCUGGAAUCUUGGAAAUUUCGGUUUGUGAAGGGUUUGACCAACGUCUAGCAGAAUAGCAGUGAUUGGGAUUUGACAAUCUGCCCGGGAGGUGGAGGUGGUGAUAAGCAAAUGGGAUUACGCCUCCGCCAAGGGCAGGGCUGCUUCCGAAGAAAGUGAUUGAAAAGAAGAAAGUGAAGGGAAAAUUUCUCUUGUUUUGCGUGAGGGAAAAUGGGUGGUACCGGCUGAUGAUGGAAUGUGGCCAAAGUGAAAAAGUGGAUAAUUGAGAGUGAUAUAGUGAUGGGGAAGUUUCCGGAGGAUUGGGGAUGAGUGAGCGAUGGGUUAUCAAGCUGAGGGUCACAACGAACGACGAAAUAGAUGCAGCUUCGGAGUGCGUAGAAAAUAACAAAGAACCUGAGCAGCUGGAGUUCAGAUGUGAGGGACGGGAACUAAUUGGUGCUAAGCUGGAGUGGAUUAAUUUACCCUCUUCCCUGUAAGCGGAUCAUCGUGGGAGGAAUUUCUCGGAAAUCGCGACGACCACUUUGUGCAGGUGCCCCGUCUGGAGGAGGACACCCCCGCACCCUCUUCGAUUGAGGCAAUCGACGACGGGUGAAUUUAACCAGUGAUGUUAUGAAAGAAAUGGCAAGAGGUUUUUGCGACGGCUGCCAGAAAAAAUUCGCAAUGCAUACUGCCGUGCAACAUCUGAUGCUCGAUCGUCAUCGUUCCUCGUCGGGCGUCGCAUUGGUCAGUGGGGGCGGUAAAGAGACCCGCCAAUGUUGGAGCCAUGCAAUCGAACGACAAUCAUUAGUGCUGCUUCGUCGGGUUCAGAUUCGUCGUCAACGUCGUCUCGUGCUAAUUGGUGUGAUAGGUGGCUUAUAGAAGGUGUUUGGCUCACACAGAAAAAAAUCGGUGCUGUGAAGUGAUUACUAAUUACGGGGGCUAAAAUGGAAGAAAGUGUGGAAAGUGUGGCGACCACCGGGCUGGAGGAGAAGGAAGCCGUGGUGAGGGUCGUGGGCAAGUGGAAGGGCAAAAUGAGCAAAUUUCGCAUCAGCUACAGUGCUUUGGAAACGUACGACGGAACGACACCGAGUGCGGGAGGCAACUGUGGCAGCAGUUAUGGAGGAGGUCCCAACGGAGGUUCCCGGAGGGGGUCCAAGUUCUUCCAGAGGCCCCGCUCGAUGUCCGCCUGGAGCGAUAUCAGCCGCAGCAGCAUGCGUUUGGAUGAGAGAGUACGGGUAGAAUAUUAUGUAAAUGAAAAUACAUUCAAAGAAAGACUGCAACUAUAUUUUAUAAAGAAUCAAAGAUCAAGUUUAAGGAUACGAAUUGCUAAUUUACUGUUUAAGUUACUAACUUGCAUUUUGUACAUAAUACGAGUAGUAUCGGACCUAGAUCCAACGUUUGCAACUUGCUACGGCUGCAAGGUUGCCAACAAGACGGAGUUCCUGGACUCGGCCAAACUGACGGAGGAGGAGUUCCAGGAGAAUCCCAUCAUCAACUGGGACGCGAUCCUCUGGGUGAACCGCUCGACCGAGCUUUGGGCCGUGCAGCUGGUUCUGGCGCUCAUUUCGCUCACCGAGUCGCUGCUGAUUGCCUACCUCGGAUAUAAGGGCAAUAUAUGGCAGCAAAUUUUAUCAUUUCAUUUUAUAUUGGAACUUGUUACAACGAUACCAUUUACAAUUACGAUUUUAUGGCCUCCAUUCAGGAACCUGUUCAUACCGGUGUUUCUCAACUGCUGGCUAGCUAAGCGUUCCUUGGAAAAUAUGUUUAAUGAUCUUCAUCGAGCGAUGCAGAAAUCACAAUCAGCUCUCUCCCAGCAGCUGACAAUCCUGUCGGCGACCUUGCUGUGCCUAGUAUUCACCAGCGUAUGUGGGAUCCAGCACUUCCAGCGGGCGGGUCAUCGGCACCUGAAUCUGUUCCAGAGCACCUACUACGUGGUGGUGACCUUCUCGACCGUGGGCUACGGAGACUUUGUGCCGGACAUUUGGCCCUCGCAGCUCUACAUGGUUAUCAUGAUCUGCGUGGCACUGAUCGUGCUCCCGACGCAGUUCGAACAGCUUGCCUUCACGUGGAUGGAGCGACAGAAGCUGGGUGGGAGCUAUUCGUCCCACAGGGCCCAAAGCGAGAAGCACGUGGUCGUCUGCUCCACUACGCUGCACGCCGACACCAUCAUGGACUUCCUGAACGAGUUCUACGCCCAUCCCCUGCUGCAGGACUACUACGUGGUGCUGCUCAGCCCGAUGGAGCUCGACACGACAAUGCGGAUGAUACUGCAGGUGCCCAUCUGGGCCCAGCGAGUCAUUUACAUUCAGGGAUCCUGUCUGAAGGAUGGCGACCUGGCGAGGGCCCGGAUGGCAGAGGCGGAAGCGUGCUUCAUCCUAGCGGCACGCAACUACGCAGACAAGACGGCCGCCGACGAGCACACGAUACUGCGUUCCUGGGCGGUCAAGGACUUUGCCCCCAAUGUGCCACAGUAUGUGCAGAUCUUCCGACCGGAGAACAAACUGCACGUCAAGUUCGCCGAGCAUGUCGUUUGCGAGGACGAGUUUAAAUACGCCUUAUUAGCAAACAACUGCACCUGCCCUGGGGCGAGUACGCUGGUGACACUCCUGUUGCAUACGUCGAGGGGACAGGAAGGCCAGCAGUCGGCGGAAGAGUGGCACCGACUGUACGGGAAGUGUUCCGGAAAUGAAAUUUACCAUAUCGUGCUCGGCGACAGCCGGUUCUUCGGCGAGUACGAAGGGAAGAGCUUCACCUACGCUAGUUUUCAUUCGCAUAGGAAAUACGGCGUUGCCUUAGUUGGUGUUAGACCUGCCGAGUUACCUGAGUUCUACGAGGACACGAUACUGCUGAAUCCCGGUCCCCGACAUAUCAUGAAGAAGGAUGACACCUGCUACUACAUGAGCAUCACCAAGGAGGAAAAUUCUGCCUUCGUGGUCAACCAGAACCAAACCCAAAGCCCCGACCAGCCUCCGAAAGAGGUGCCGUCAAUCAACAACAAUAACAACAACAACGACAAUCACCAACACCAUCAGCACCAAGAGAACCUGGGCGCGACCUCUUGUAGCAAUCCGGCCAUGGCCCCAGUGCCCUCGGUUUGCGUGCGUGUGCCUCACAGUCCGAGCUUGAACUCGGUCAACUCGGACAGCCCCGGGUCGCCACCUCGCUACACUAGCAAUCCCCCCAUCGUGCUCGACAGUGACGUCUUGACACUGGCCGUGCCCACCUACACCGAGACUGCAACGCCCAAUUCGGGUUCCAACGCCAACGCCAUCACGGUGUCGGACUCGAAGACGAACCUCAAGGAGGCCGCAACGCCGGCCACGGCCAACACCCAGUCGACGCAGCUGGGACCGCCGGCCAUCACGACGGCCAACCACCUGGAGAUCCCCAGCAACAACAACCCCAACCUGCUCAGCCCGGACAUCCUCAACCAGAGGCGAGGGAGUCGGAGGCCUUCGAUUCUGCCGGUGCCGGACAUGUUCACGUCGUCCUCGUUCAGCAUAUCGGGCGAAGACGGCAUCGACGGCGAGGAUGGCGAAAGCGACGACGAACUGGACGAUGACGUUCCGUGGCGGUCGCCCUCGGAGAAGAUCGCUAGCAUGGGCAGUGCCGAUCUGUCCCUCCUGCAGACGGUUUCCCUCAGCUCUACCGGCGAGUCAAAGUGUUGUAGUUCGACAUCCGAUAGCAAAGAUUCGACCCACACUCCCACUGCAUGGCAUACCGAUUGUUCCCGGAUCGUCAAAGGUUUCCCUCCCGUUUCACCGUUCAUUGGAGUCAGUCCAACUCUUUGCUUCCUAUUGAAAGAAAAGAAACCCCUCUGUUGCUUACAACUUGCUCAAGUUUGCGAACACUGUAGCUAUCGUAACGCCAAAGAAUACCAGUGGCAGAACAAGACCAUCAUCUUGGCCGCUGAUUACGCCUCCAACGGUAUCUACAACUUUAUCAUCCCACUGCGGGCACACUUCCGCUCGAAAACGUCUCUCAAUCCGAUCAUACUGCUGCUGGAACGGCGACCGGACAUUGCCUUCUUGGAUGCCAUUUCGUACUUUCCAUUGGUCUACUGGAUGCUUGGUUCGAUCGACUGCUUGGACGAUUUGCUGCGAGCUGGCAUCACGUUGGCCGAGAAUGUGGUGGUGGUGAACAAAGAACUGUCCAACUCGGCCGAAGAAGACACGCUGGCGGACUGUAAUACGAUCGUUGCCGUGCAAACCAUGUUCAAAUUCUUCCCAAGCAUUCGUAGCAUUACCGAACUGUCACAGAGUUCCAACAUGAGGUUCAUGCAAUUCCGUGCUCACGAUAAGUACGCCCUACACCUGAGCAAAAUGGAAAAGCGUGAGAAAGAGCGUGGUUCGCACAUUUCGUACAUGUUCCGAUUGCCGUUCGCCGCCGGAAACGUCUUCAGUGCUUCGAUGUUGGACACCCUGUUGUAUCAGGCCUUCGUUAAGGACUACGUUAUCACCUUCGUGCGACUGUUGCUCGGCAUCGACCAAGCGCCGGGAAGUGGAUUCCUGACCUCGAUGAAAAUAACCAAAGAUGACAUGUGGAUCCGAACCUAUGGGCGACUGUAUCAGAAGCUCUGCUCCACGACAUGUGAGAUCCCGAUCGGAAUUUAUCGCACGCAAGAGACCAGCGGCGCAGAAGCUUCACAUGUGAGUAGCUCACCCAUCGCCGAAAAAUGGCGUCCGUUUGGAUCUUUCGGCAUUAAACAUUGUGUGCGAUUGCGACCAACGUACGAAGAGGAAGUGGUGACCACGACGGCGACCGCCAGCAGCACUUCGGCCUCCGGCGUACCGAUCAAGGGCGUCGCGGAAGCGAACCUACGUGGCGUCACCUACCGGCCGCCACCGACAUCAAUGCGCAAGUCGUCGUCCUGUCUCGGGGGAUGUACAGCCCGCCGGGGAUCGAGCUACUCAAUCAAUAUGGCCGACGAAGCGCGUGACAAUCAUAUGCAGCAAAUCGAACGGGCGGAGAUUGCCAACCUGGUCCGAAGUCGCAUGGAAUCGCUCAACCUGCCCAGUAUCGACUACGAUGACGUAAGCGAGAAGCGGAACCACCUUUCGUAUGUGAUCAUCAACCCUUCCUGCGACUUGAAACUGGAAGAGGGCGACAUUAUAUACCUAGUCCGACCCUCGCCAUUCUCCGCCCAGAAAACGUUCGAAAGGCACAACUCGCGCCGCAAGUCCAACAUAUCAUUCUGCUCCAAUAUCAAUCUGGCAGCGGCGGCGGCCGGUUCCCGGCGUGGAUCGGGCAUCGGACUGAACACCAUUGGUGGGCCUCAGCCGAUGUCAGGUUACGUAACGCCACGUGCUCCCCCGCUGGUCACAACAAAAUCGAAUUCUUUGUCUCUUCCAGAUAGUCCUAAUGCAAUGGGACAGAUGAGGGGACGUAGCAAUUCCCUCAGGUUUCUGUCUCCACAGAUCGACAGUGAUAUUCUGCUGCGGCGGUCCAACUCCCUGCGGCAGGGACUCCCGAACAUCGGCAACACCGGUCGGCGGAAAUCAUCGCUGGAGGAGAUCGGCAUAAGCCACUUUGCGACGCUGAUGCAGGCCACGAACCACAGCAACCCGAUCAAGAUCGCACUGAAUGGAAGCAUAGGACUGGAGGUGACUCCACCGGAAGAGCCACUUCCGGUCAUAGGCGUCCCGGUACCAACGGGUAGCGGCGGUGGCAUAAAUCCGUCAAGCCUUGGGGCAUCCGGUACCAUGGGCGGUUCGACACUCGGUCUAAGCACCAUUCCGGACUCAAGCAAUGGCAGUGGUGGCGGCGGUGGAAUGGGUGGCUCUGGCAGCUGCGGCGGUGGCAACGGAAGCGGAGGAAACAUCGGUGGUUCAAGCUCUAAUCUGUCCAGCAUGCAAAACGAAUCAUCCCCCAGCAGCCAGCAACAGCAGCAACCGCACCAUCUGCAUGGAACGAUAGUAUGAUAUAACUUAAUGUGGGGCCGUAGGCUCCGCUCAGCGGUGCGGAACAAUAAGUGGAUAUAGAAGUAGCCUCAAACCCGUAGCAGCAGCAGCCGUAGAUACUAGCAGGAUCCAUCAACGAACUGACCAUCUCUCCAAUCAAGUAGACAACACCUUCCAACGGCACAACGGGCUGACUGCUAUAGGCAACGAAACAAAUCACGCUCCACCACUAGCAAAAGCACCCCCCACGAAGCAUUUAGGAUGACACAGUAGACCAGGAAUCAAGAGGAGAAAAUCGACGAAAGACGGUUUGCAACUGGUGACAUUCAAUGAAUGUGAUUAACAUUAGAACAAACAAAAAAAACUACAAGUGAUAAUAAGUAGAUAAAUUGAAGGCACAGCCCAUGGGAACAAUCAAGCAGUUGACGGCCAACCGAAGGACGAACAAGAAAAGAUAAGACAAACGAAGCGGAAUCGAAACCGUGAAAAUGUUGUUUGUACAUAUUGGUAGCGAACCAAGCCAUGAACGCUGACGGAUGAAGAGAGAACAAUGCUAAGUUAGGAAAACCUUCAACAAAAGGAAGUCCAUGGGUGGAGGAAUGGAGAAUGGAAAAAUGGAGGUAAAUCGCAAAAUUUGGUUGGGUUGUUUAGUUUUUGUUAAAGUUGUCUUCCGAAGAGAUCGAACCGUUCUCGUAAUAAGGUGCGGUUCUUUGUGUGAACAAAUACAAUUUUUUUGUAAAUGUUUUCUUUCCGGACUCGUAGUCCAAAUAAAUUGUAGAUAAUUUCGUGAAUCUAUUCAUUGAAUGAAUUUUUAUAAGAGCAGCGUUUGCAAAGUUUGGAACCUAAAAUGGCCUCAACGAACUUUGCACGAUAAUUCACAUUGACCUCAGAAACAAAAGGCCUUAUGCAACCCACAGACGCUCAAACGGUUUGACCAACAUUGACUCCGCCCCCCAUUAUGCUUAUGUUGGUAAUAUAUUUGACCGUGUGUGAUGCUGCUUGACGCACCAAUUUGACAGUUCGUGAAACAUGUUUGACGGUUGACGAAAAUCGGUCGGACAAAAUCAAAUGAGUUUGAUUUUACUUAAACCGCUGGUGGGCGUAGUGAAGUGUUUGACGAACUGAUUGUACUGUCUGUGGGGCAGUUGAAUAAAGUUGGCGUCUCAUCAACUACCGAUGCCUAUGUAUAUUCA